AUGGGUGUUUCACCACUUCACCGCACAUCGUUUGACGGGUGUGCGAUAAUAGGUGUGGCAAUAGAGACGGUCACAUACGAAGAGAUUGUCACACUUAAAGAUGAAGAAGGUGGAAAGUAUAUAGUCAAGUAUAAGUACAAAUCUAAAAGUUUUCAAGGUGGGUGGUCUGGUUUUGUCAAGAACCAUGACUUACGGGUUGGUGAUGCCGUGGUCUUCAACCAAAUAGACAAAUUUGUUUUUGAUGUUUACAUGUUCCGUGCUAGAGACAAAUCAGAAAAUGUGGUUUGUCAGCACCAAUGUAAGAGCAAAUGUGCUGCUGAUAAGGCCUCUACCUCUACUUCUUUUACUGAGGCGAGGGAAUCCAUUUGUCCUGAAGCUAUGAGUCUGAGGACAGAGUUGGAAGAGCUGAAACAAAAAUUACUAGAGAUGGCUCAAGAUCGAGACCGCCUGCUGUUACAAGUUAACAGUUUAUCAUAUGCUGUCAAGUACAAUGGCGAAUCAUCUGUACAGGAGUCGAAAAAUUUACUGAUUAAGACAUUGGAGCGUGAUCUAGCUGAUGUCAGAGGAAAAUUGCAGGUAUCUUCCAAGAAGAAUAUGGAGGUACAGUCUGAACUGGAGUCACGAAAUAAGCUUGUGGACACCCUCAAAGAAGAGCUUGUUGAGGCAGAGAAGCUAAGAAUAAAGCUUCAAAACAUGAUAUUGGAACUCAAAGGAAACAUUCGUGUUUUCUGCAGGGUACGACCUCCUGUACAUGAUGAUGGUAAACAAAUAAAAAUCUCAUAUCCCAAAUCAGUGGAAGAGAAAGGCCACGCCAUCCAUUUGUCCAAAAAUGCCAAAUAUAAAAAAAAACAACCGGCCAUGAGGGUGAUGUUCUUUCCUUCAGGGGUUUCUUUACGGGAAGAAGGUGAUGUUUUUGUGGAUGUAUCUGAGUUGGUGCAGAGUGCGCUUGACGGGAAGAAGGUCUGCAUAUUCGCGUAUGGCCAGACUGGUUCUGGUAAAACAUACACCAUGAUUGGUGGCUUAGAUCAGAAAGAUAAAGAAGAAAAAGGAAUAAUACCUCGUUCAGUGGAGCAGAUAUUUCAAUACUUCCAGUCUGUAAAGACCAAGGGAUGGAAGUAUAACCUCAAGGUAACGGUGCUAGAAAUAUACAAGGAACAAAUCCAUGAUCUGCUGGAUCCGAAAAGUGGCGAGCAAAAGAAGUACAUAAUUAGUCAUGGCAAAGAUGGAAAAGCAGUAGUUCCCCACCUCACUGAAGAAGAUAUUUCUGGGCCAGAACAAUUUAUCUCCCUUCUGAAACAGGUUUCCGAAAGGAGAUGUACGGAACAUACAUUGAUGAAUGAACAAUCCUCAAGAAGUCAUCUUGUCUUGACCCUCAACAUAUCUCGAGUUACCGAGAGUUCCCAAGUGCACGGCUUCCUGAAUAUGAUAGAUUUAGCCGGCAACGAAAACCUCAAAGAGAGCGGCGCAAUUGGGGACCGUGCAGAAGAAGCAAAGGCGAUAAACAAAAGUUUAUCCGCUUUCACUGGUGUCAUUCAAGCGCUUGUACCGAAGAAUACACACGUACCCUACAGAGAAUCACUACUUACACACCUUCUCCAGCCUUGUCUCGAGGGGGACUCAAAAACUUUGAUGGUGGUCAACAUAUCUCCUUCUCUAGAGUCGGUGCGUCACUCAGUAAAGUCUUGCAGCCACAGUUAAUGCCUGUGUUGUUACUCGUAAGAAAGAUGUUGCUGGUGAGGCUUCUUCAUCUUCCUCAUCUCUUUUCAACACUCCCAAGUCUACACCAAGAGAUCUCUCUCCUCUUAUCUCCACUACUCACAGAUCUCGUCCUCCUCUUCCUAAAAGACCGAUGCAUCUUGCUGGCUGCACCACUCCCAAAAUGACAGGAGUAGGAGGUAAAAAAACUGCUGCUGCUGCCGAGGCUUCUUCUUCUUCAUCACAUCUCUUCAAAACUCCAGUAUCAAGCUUAAAAAAUCCAUCUCCUCUCUCUGCUCACAGAUCGACAUAUUCUCUUCCUCCUCUAACUAUUCAGACACUUCCACGAAUACCUCUUGUUCAUUAUGCUGGCGGGUAGCCAAGAUUGCUCUUCAAUAUUUGGCUGAGAAAUGUAGAAAAUAGGAUUCAAGAUUCCCUUCUGAUUCUUAGUUGAUUUCCUUUUCUUUAAGAAUUAUUGCAGCAUUUAUAAGAACAGUAAGUGUUUUCUUAUGGUACUGAAUAGUUGGAAAAUCUGAAGAGUGCAUCAUUUUUUUGUUUUACCUAUCAAGUAUAGUUAUAUUUUUCGUCCAACUGUAGUUUUUCGUUAUUCUUAUCACCUUGUACUACAUACUUUUACAUAUUCUAAAAGGAGGCUGCAGCUCUAGUUAUAUUUUCAA